AUGUCGAUGUCAAUUUCUGAUGAAAAUGAAACACGUAUCGACCUCGAAGAACGUUUGCAUUUCCCGGCAACUGACAUUCACCAUGAGCAAAAACGCGAAGCACGGAAGCAUGUUUGUCUGGUGCUUUCUCAAGUACAGAAUCACAGAGCAAGGUUUAGAGCGACAAGAGGUACGACCCCCAAUGUCGACAGCAGGCCAUUUACUGAUUUAAAUCUACACGUUGGGCAGGAUGUGGGAGAGGAACCGUUUAAAACUUCUUUUUUUGCAAAUAAAAAAGCUCCUUAUCAACCCAACCUGAAGGUAUACCCAGGAACGCGAUUUGGAACUAGAUUAAGAUGUUUCAAAUCUAGUUGGUACAAUGAAUAUAAAUGGUUGGAAUAUAAUGAAGAGAUGGACGCUUGUUUUUGUUUUCCUUGUAGACUGUUCUUAACAAAUCCGACAGAGUCGGCGUUUACUAAAACAGGCUUUCGUGAUUGGAAGCACGCCAAGGAAAAGGGAAAGGGCUUUAACAAACAUCAAUGUUCCAGUGAUCAUUUGAGAGCAAUCGAAAUUUACGAAGAAAAGAAAAUGCGAAAUUUACGCGGUUGUACUGUUGUAGCAUCUCUCGUGUCGCUUAGUACUGAUCAUAAGCAGUGGUUAUUUGCUGUUUUCAACGUAUCAAGAUACUUAUGUGCAAAUUCCCUUCCAUUUCGGGGCACGAACGAGUCUGAUAUUGACAAAGGAGAUGGUUUGUUUUUAAGAGCUUUUUCUCAACUUCUGUUUCCAUUGGAAGAAAAAUGGAAAAAAAUCCACAAGAAUCUACCAAAAAACGCUAAGUACACUUCUCCUGAUAUACAGAACGAAGUAAUUGAAGUAUUAGCAUCCUUAGUAAAAAAGAAAAUUGCUGACGACGUACGUAAAGCGGAAUUGUUUACCAUUAUGGCAGAUGGCACGACUGAUAAAAACAGAAAGGAAAUUCAAGGCCUCGUUUGCCGCUAUUUAUCUUCCGUGGGAAAAGUAGAGGAGCAUUGUCUCAACGUGAAAGGAAUCGAUGAUCGCUCUGCUAAAGGUAUAUUCAAUUUCAUCAAAGAAACUUUAGCACAAUUUGAAAUAUCAGUUGACGGUCUUGUAUCACAGUCUUUUGAUGGUGCUAGCGUAAUGUCUGGGGACUAUAAUGGACUGCAAAAGCUUGUUAGUGAUUUCUGCGAUCGGUAUAUUUUAUAUGUACACUGCUUUCUCCACAAAAUCCAUCUUGUUGUGACAUUUGUUACAGAAAAUCUUGACGAAAUAAAGGAAUAUUAUGGCACAAUAAUGGCGCUUUACAAUUUCUUUAAAAAAUCAGCCGUCCUAGAAUCAUACGAAGGUACUGCAUUGAAGAGAUUGAUCGAAACGCGAUGGUCUGGUCACUACGAAAGUACGAGUCACGUAAACAAUAAUUACGGCGAUUUGAUUCAAGCUCUUUUAGUGGCAUCGAAAAAAAAAAAUUAUCCGGGGAAGACAAAGCUCAGGCAAUCGGGCUUCUUAAUCAAAUGA